GUGGCUCCUCCGGAAUCUGGAUAACGAUGACGACGACGCAGUUUGCUAAAGCUUCGAUUCAACCCACCCAUGGAUUUGCUCUUCCCGGAACAAACUCUCCAUCCGUGUGGAACAAGAAAGAAACAGAAAGCAAACAGAUCGUCACGCAAACGCAAUCCGUUGUCCUCUUCGUCGUCUAAUCCUCUAAGCAGGCGACAAAAAUCCGCAAACAAAACCCCAAAUCCUCUCGCAUCGAACCCCAAAUCAUUCAUUACUGCUCCAGUAUGAUGAUCUGAGCAACUUUCCAGAUCACUCAGCUCCACCCUCUUCUUCCUUCUCGCGCGACCCGCCAGCCGCAGAUUCGUGGACAUCUCGCCGCCGAUGGCGUCGCAGGACGGCGGGUGGGGCGACGGCGGAGACUCGCUCUUCGAGGGCAUGGUCCUCUUCGCCCCCGCCGACCCCGCCGCCGAGGCUGCGCCGGAACCCUCCAAGCCGCCUUCCCCUCGCGCUGACCCCGCCGCCGCUGCUGCCGACGGUGACUCCGGCGCGGCCUCCCAGCCUCUCGAUGAGGACCUCUUCUCCGAUCUCACCCUUCUCGACCCGCAGCCUCCACUAGACCAUGACCAGGACCAGCACCCCCAGGGCCAAGAUCAGAACCACCGGCCCGCCUCGCCCGCCGCGCCGGCCUCGCCUGCCCCCGCUGCCGCGCUCUCCAGGCAGCCGUCCUCCUCGUCGCUCCGGAAGAAGAAGAGAGCCGUGCGCAUCGGGUACGGCCGCUCGCCUCAAUCCGCCCCUGCUUUGCCGCCUACUGAUGCAAUCGCUUCCACCACCACCGCUGCUGCGGCUACUGUAAUCCCUACUAUUAGCGGUAGCUUUUCUGAUGCUUCGCUACAUGACGCCGCUCAUCCUACCCCCGGCCAGUACCUUGAUCAGCUGAGUAACGGCAGCGAGGAAGAUGUAGCUGUGGUGGAUCCGGAUGACAAUUCUUUCGAUGUGAAAGAGGAGGUGAAAGAAGAUGCGGAGAAGGAGGUUGGAGGGACUGGGGUUGCAGUCCUAGGGAUCGAGGAGAGGUUAGCUCUUCUUAGAUCCCAAAUCUCUGGUAAGCUCGAUUCGAUCCAGCAGAGAGCUGCCUCUGUGGCAGCCAAGAGGAGGCAGCUGGCGGGUAAGCAGAGGAAGGUUGCGGAGGAUGUGGGUUCUGCGGCGUCCAAGCACAAGGAUUUGGAGAGGGAGCUCGAGGAGGCGUGCGAGGCCGAGGACUUUGAGAGGGCUGAGAGGAUCAGCGACUCCCUUGCGGCCCUGGAGAAGGAGAAAGAUCGCCUGCUGAUGACACUACGUGAUGCGGAGCUCGUUUAUGACUCAGUUGAUUUGGAGUUGCAGGAUGUGCUCGAGUCCCGCAUUACCGUGGAGGAGGAAGCUGCUGCCCUUCUGGAGCAGUUUGCAAAGGAUGCCACUGAUCAUGCUGAUUUGGCAAGCAUGCAAGCAGAAGAAAUGUCCUCGAAAGAAAUAGAAGGGUGGCAAACAUCAAUGGAGUUGCUAGAAACAAAGAAGUUAGAGAUGGAGGUUGAAACAGAGUUGGUUUUAGCUGCACGCUCAGGGUUGGAAGGUUCUGUAGAGCAUUUGAUUAAAGACGACAAGAGAGAAAAGGACAUGCUAAGUAAGAAAGGAGAUAUUCUCGCAGAGGAAUUAGCUGAGCUCCUGGAGAUGGUGAGGUUGAAAGAAGCAGAGAUAGCUGAAAACAAUGCUCGGAUCCAGGAGGUUCAGGAAAAGAUCAGUGCCGUGGUCUCCAGAUUUCAUGGCUCCCAGUCAGAUAUUGACACGAAGAUCAAUUCCUUGCAGGAAGCCCAAAGUAAAAUCAAUCAAGAUACUGAAGAACUUGUCUUAAAAAGGAAAGAAAUUGAUAGCUUCAUCUCUUCAACAGAACAGAAAGACUCUGACUUACGGGAAAUUAUCAAUGCUUGUUCUUUGGAAGCAAAAGCUUGCCAGCAAUCAGUUGAAAUCAGAAGAAAACUUGCAUCAUCGAUCUUGAAGUCAAGACAGGAUAGAAUUGGGUUACUAAAAAUGGAGGAGGAAAUUUCGCAAGACAUCCAAAUGCUCAGACAGCAAACAACUGAUGCAAGAACUAGUCUUCAGGAGAUAUCUUCAAGGAGAGCAGGCAUACAACAAGAGAUAUCUACUUUUAAGCAGAAGCUGAGCUUUAUUGAUAAAAGGGGUCCUGAACUAGAGGCUGAAAAGAAGGUUGCUGCUGCUGCAAGGAACUUUAAAGAAGCCGGAAGAAUAGCUGCAGAGGCGAAAGCACUUAAUUCUGAAAAGGAAGAACUACAUGCUAAAUUGGAGAAAGCUGGCAGUGAUCUGGAGAUAAUUGAAAAGGAUAUCAUUGCAACCACUGAGAAGAUACAUGAAUGCGAAGGGCUUAUUGUGAUCAAAGAACAAGAGUCAGCCAUGACAAGUUACAAAAGGCUCCGUUUGGACUCCUCUGCUGCUAGAGCAGAGUUGACUGCUGCAACUGAAACAGAUGAUAGUGAAGAAGUGGAGAUUUUACGGAAAGAAGCUGAAGCCGCAGAAUCUAAAGCAUUGGAAUUGAAAACAUCGUAUAACCUCCAACUGGAUGACGACGAAUCUAUGUUUCAGCCUGUUGUUCCUAUAGCAUUCAUAACGAAUUCAACGUGGCAGCACUUGGCUGAAAUCGCAUCUUCUUUUGGACUCUGUCCUUAGAAGUGAACUGGAUAGUGGACUUGCAGACUCCAAUGGUUGCUUGAUACACCCUGAAGUUUUGCCCGACAGUUGUACUUGUACUUGCUUCUUGGAUAUGCCUUCCUCAUUGUUCCUCUGACCUAUUGUCAUCUGGGAUCUACUCCAAACAGGAGUAGAGGACAUCGAGUGUAUAACAUCUGUUUUGCAUACUCUCAACUCUUUGGGGAUUUUUUCUCUCCCCUCAUUUUUGUGUACAUUAAGACUGUAAUUCUUUUUAUUGUUGCUGGUUUUGAUUAUAUCACAGUGACAGAUUAUCAAUCAGAAUGUAAUCGGAAUAAGAUAUCCAUGAAUAAAGCCCUUUCUGCUUUGCCA